UUACGUUUUGCUGGGGAAAUUUGUGUGUUUGCUGCUUCACUUCCUCCUGCACAAAAACUAAUAUUUUUGUAUCGUAAGCAACAGAAAACAGACUAAACAUGAGUCCACCAACUACACAGUACGGUAUACAAAGUACCGCCGGUGCAGUUCCAGUGAAAAACACAAAGGGUGAAAUAUCUAUGCAAAAGGUGAAAGUGCACCGAUAUGUGUCAGGAAAACGGCCCGAAUACGCACAGUACGCCAGCAGUGACGAAGAGUCGGAAGACGACGAUUUCCUGGAGCACCGUCGAGCGAACGAAGAGCAGCAGCAAAGGGAAGAAUCAGACGACAACGAACUGCCAGACGAUGUCGAUGAUCCCCGUAUCCGACGCCUGCAAGCGAUUCGGGCCGAAACGCAAGAUGACCUGGAACGGGAGCGUAAAGAAAGACACCGGACGAUACACGAGCCAGAGCUGGUACAGUCGGACGAAGAGAAUGACCGUAGCGAUGCCAGCGAGGACAAUCGCAGACAGCAGUAUAGCGACGAUGAGCGGGAACAAGCGAAUGCAACCUCCCGCCGGCGACGCAUCUCCCUUGGCUCCGAGUCCGAAUCGGAGGCCGAGCUGAGCGAUUCCGAGAUUGAGCGCAGGCGCAACCUGCUGAAAGCGAAAAUGCUGCAGCAGAAGCAACGCGAGGAGGAGGAAUUGCUGCAGAAGCAGGAGGAGGAAGGCAUGUCGGAUUCGGAAGAGUCGGAGAGCUCCGAGUACGAGGAGGAAACGGAAAGCGACGAGGAGAACGAACCCCGGCUAAAGCCGCUGUUCGUGCGCAAAAAGGACCGCACGACGAUCAUUGAAAAGGAGCGCGAAGCCAACCGCCAGAAGCAGCUCGAGUAUGAGUCGAAAAAGAUGGCCAAAGAACGACGGAAACAGACGCUCCGGCUGGUGGAGGACAGCAUUAAGAAGGAGCUGGAAAAGACGAAGGUUGAAAACGAACCGUCGCUGAACGACGUCAACACGGACGACGAGAACGACGAGGUGGAGUAUGAGGCGUGGAAGCUGCGCGAACUGAAACGCAUCAAGCGGGACCGCGAAGAGAAGGAACAGAUCGAGAAGGAAAAGCAGGAAAUCGAGCGACUGCGCAACAUGACGGAAGAGGAACGCCGGCAGGAGCUGCGCAACAACCCGAAACAGGUGACGAACAAGAACGUGAAGGGCAAGUACAAGUUCCUGCAGAAGUACUACCAUCGCGGUGCCUUCUACCUCGACGAGGAGGACGACGUGUACAAGCAGGACUUCUCGGCCCCGACGCUGGAGGACCAUUUCGACAAGACGAUCCUGCCGAAGGUGAUGCAGGUGAAGAACUUUGGCCGUUGUGGUCGCACCAAGUACACGCAUCUGGUCGACCAGGACACGACCAAGUUCGACUCGCCGUGGGUAGCGGACACGGCCAACACGACCAUCUUCCACUCCGAGCGGGCUGGUGGCAUGAAGCAGGUGUUCGAGAAGCCUUCGCUUUAUCGCAAAAAGCGCGAUGCGUAGAGUUUUAUUUCGAGCACUUCAAAUUCAACCGAUCUUGUUUUCAUAAUAAUGCGUGUAUAACUUUAAGAUAGUGUAAGCAAUAAAUAUGAAAU